UACAACUUGGAUUGUAAGUUCUACGGGAAACCAGAAAAUAGAAAUGGAUUGGAUUACUCCUGCUUCUAUAUUGUUCCUGUUUGGCCUUAUGAUAAUGUUGGUUUUGAAAACGAGGGGUUUCUGGAAGAACAGCUCUCAGCGUCUACCCCCAGGACCCUGGCCGUUACCGCUUGUUGGAAAUCUUCUCAUAAUGGAUCAGAAAAGGCCUUAUAAGAGCAUGCUGAAGUUGUCCAAACAGUAUGGUCCUGUCUUCAGCCUCCAAAUGGGACUCCAGAAGAUGGUGGUCCUGACUGGGUAUGAAACGGUAAAAGAGGCUCUGAUCAACCAGGUUGAUGCAUUUGCGGAGAGGCCCUUCGUCCCAAUCCUUGAAGAAUUUUCAAAUGGCUUUGGUAUCAUUGUUUCUCAUGGUGAGAACUGGAAAGUGAUGCGGCGGUUUGCCUUAACCACAUUGCGAGACUAUGGAAUGGGCAAGAGAUCCAUAGAAGACAAAAUUGCUGAGGAGUGCAAAGUCCUGAUAAAGAAGUUUGAAUCUUACCAAGGAAAACCUUUUGAGACCACCACAAUUAUAAAUGCAGCUGUUGCCAAUAUUAUAGUGUCCAUUCUACUUGGCAAGCGAUUUGAAUAUGAAGAUCCCACAUUUCAACGACUGCUGCAGUUAGUCAAUGAAAAUGUCCGGCUUUUUGGGAGCCCCUCAGUCAUGUUGUGUAACAUGUUUCCUGCCCUUGGCUUCCUUUUUGGUGCUCGUAAGACCCUCCUUAAAAACAGAGAUGAGUUGCAUGCCUUUAUAACUGCCACCUUCAUAAAUCACCUGAAAGAUCUGGAUAAAAAUGAUCAGCGGAGCUUCAUUGAUACAUUUCUCAUCCAGCAACAAGAGGUAAUGAACUCAAGAAGAACUGGAUAUUUCCAUAAGGAAAAUCUAAAACAUGUUGUGGGAAAUUUAUUUGCUGCCGGUGUGGAGACCACUUCUACCACUUUGCGCUGGGGCCUUUUGCUAAUGAUGAAGUACCCUAAAAUCCAGAAAAAAGUCCAAGCAGAGAUUGAUGAUGUUGUUGGAACUGCUCAGCCCAGGACUGAACACCGAAUAAGAAUGCCAUACACAGAUGCCGUAGUCCAUGAAGUUCAAAGGUUUGCCGAUAUCAUCCCGACCAAUUUGCCACAUGCAACUACUACGGAUGUUACUCUCAAAGGCUACUUUGUUCCAAAGGGAACUCAUGUCAUUCCGUUGCUGACUUCUGUGCUCCAUGAUGAAUCACAGUGGGAGAAGCCUCAUGAGUUCUAUCCUGAGCAUUUUCUUGACUCUGCAGGAAAGUUUGUCAAAAGAGAUGCAUUCAUGCCUUUCUCUGCAGGGCGCAGGAUAUGUGCAGGUGAGACCUUGGCCAAAAUGGAGCUCUUCCUGUUCUUUACAAGCCUCCUGCAGAGAUUCACCUUCCAGCCACCUCCUGGAACUUCUAGAGAAGACCUGGACUUCACCCGAGCAAUUGGGUUGACAACACCUCCCCUGCCCUUCCACAUCUGUGCUCUGUCACGCUGAGAUUGCCCAUGAAAGUAAUAAAUGAAGCAGCCCCUUGAUUGAACUGACCCGUCCACAGAUCUCAAGUAUCCCUCAUGGCUCCAUUGCUGUUUUGAAAAAUACAAAAAACAAAAGAACAAACAAACAGCACUUGAUGGAAUUCGCUAUGAUAUUGUAUUGUAUUCAGUCCUGUUGAAUCCCAUAAACUAUAGCGAUACACCAUUUAGUUUAUAAAUGGGAUUUUGGUUCAUGUACUAUUUGCUGCUGAGUCCGAAUCAAGGCCUCAGCAUUUUAUCUACGUAAUGUACUUCUUACUUCUGCUUCUAGAUCACACCAGCGUCUGACAGAUCCAUUUGUUUCUGGUUCACAUCUAUGUCUAAUACAAUUUUGACAGCAUGAAGUUGGUGCAAGCUCAGGAGAAUCGACCUGUUUGCAUCAUUGAAUGCUGUCUCAGAUAAAUAAAUGGCAUAUUCUUCCUUCCAGAUUGCAGGAUAAAUAA